AUGCCGUCUGUUUCAUAUGCAUUUCGUAGUACACAUAACACUCAAAGCCCUCGCAUUUAUAGAAAAAUAAAAUUAGUUAUAUCUUUAUUAGGAAAGAGUUCUACUGGAAAUUCACUAUUACGCUCUCGAAAUGCUUUCUAUGCUACGCAAUCCGCUGAAUCAAUUACAACAGAUUGCAAGUCUGGAGAAUAUCAAUAUACAGACAAGCAUGGUCAACCACAAAAACUUAUUGUGGUCGAUACACCGGGCUUUUUCGAUACUAAUGAAAAAAUAACCAAUGCUAUGGUAGAAAGAAAAAUUGCAUCACAAAUUUUUGAAAUGACUACACCGGGUGUUCAUGCAUUUUUUAUUGUUCUUCGUGUUGAUCGCUUUACGCCUGAAGAAAAAAGCACAAUCGAUUUUAUUCGACGUAUUUUCGGACCUGAUGCGGCCAAAUAUUGCAUUCUUGUUUUUACUGGUGAAGACCAAUUGGAAGAGGGUCAAACGCUGAAUGACUUUAUCAAAUCAUCAUCAGAUUUGAAUAGAUUAGCUCAAGAUUGCGGCCAACGAAUAUUUGCAAUCAACAAUAAAUUAAAUGGUGAACGAUUGGAUAGAAAAAUAAAUCAGUUGAUUGCAAUUGUUGAUACCAUGAUAAGAAGUAAUAAUGGACAGUUUUAUACAAAUGCUGAGUAUCAACGUAUUGAAAGAAGCCGAGAGGAAGAAAAACGAAAACUGGACGAAAAAGAACGCCAGAAAAAGGAAGCUGAGCGAAAAGAUAUUGAAGAUCGGGCAAGGAAAGAUGAAAGAGAAAAAUUAGAAAAAGAAAAACUAGAAAAAGAAAUGAAAAAAGAGGACUCAUCUGGAUCUUUUCAAAGCGCACUCAAGGAUACCGUCGGCUCCGUGCUCUCUCAAUAUAUUAUACCUAAACUGUUAGAAGCAGGAGGUAGUAGCGUACCACCAGCGAAUUAUGGAAUGGGUAUGCCAUAUGGGCAGAUGGGUUCUACUAGGCCUCAUGUGAAUGCAUCAUCUGAAGGCAUAUGUGUCGCUACACCUGGUAUGAAUAUGCCAUAUGGGCAGAUGAGUUCUACUAGACCUCAUAUGAAUGCAUCAUCUGAAGGCAUAUGUUUCGCUACACCUGGUAUGAAUAUGCCAUAUGGAAGAAUGAGCUUUCCUCAUACAGGCAGAGGUAUUGCACAUGGUGUUCGAUUUGCUGGUGCUGAACAUUUGGCACCGAGUGAUACCGGAUAUCACGAACCAGCUUAUGAAGGUUCAUAUAGAGGACAACAUCAUUCAACACGAGGUGGCCACUAA